CUUACACUUGUGUGCAACGGUCGACACAGAGGGAGAGACAAAGGCAGCAGCUUUCUCACACACACACACACACACAUAGCAACAUCUCAAGGAUAUUUCUUUUUAACAGAAGGCUGAUACGCAGUGAGUAAAAUGGUGUCUGCCGGGAUUCAGAUGCUGGGUGCCGCGUUGGGCAUCUUCGGCUGGAUCGGCGCCAUCGUGGUGUGCGCCCUGCCCAUGUGGAAAGUCACCGCGUUCAUCGGCAGCAACAUUGUCACGUCGCAGACCAGUUGGGAGGGCAUCUGGAUGAACUGCGUGGUGCAGAGCACGGGCCAGAUGCAGUGCAAGGUGUACGACUCCAUGCUGGCGCUGCCCCAGGACCUGCAGGCGGCGCGUGCCCUCUGCAUCGUCUCCAUCAUCGUGGGCAUCUUCGGCAUCCUGCUGUCGGUGGCCGGCGGCAAGUGCACCAACUGCGUGGAGGACGAGCGGGCCAAGGCCAAGGUGGGCAUCGCCGCCGGCGUGGUCUUCAUCAUCGCCGGGAUCCUGACCCUGGUGCCUGUGUGCUGGUCGGCCCACACCAUCAUCCAGGACUUCUACAACCCGCUGGUGAACCAGACCCAGCAGGAAACCAACGUUACCAUGGCGUCACAGGGGCUCCAGAUCCUAGGCGUGAUGCUGGCCAUGAUCGGCUGGCUGGGCAGCAUCAUCACCUGCGCGCUGCCCAUGUGGCGCGUGACGGCCUUCGUGGGGGCCAACAUCGUGACGGCGCAGGUCAUCUGGGAGGGCCUGUGGAUGACCUGCGUGGUGCAGAGCACCGGCCAGAUGCAGUGCAAGGUCUACGACUCCAUGCUGGCGCUGAGCUCGGACCUGCAGGCGGCGCGCGCCAUGCUCAUCAUCUCCAUCAUCGUGGGCAUCUUCGGCGUGCUCAUGGCCGUGGUGGGCGGCAAGUGCACCAACUGCCUGGAGGACGAGAGCGCCAAGGCCAAGGCCUGCAUCGUGGCCGGGGUGGUGUUCAUCAUGGCCGCCGUGCUGGUGCUGGUGCCGGUGUCCUGGUCGGCCCACACGCUCAUCCGGGACUUCUACAACCCGUUGGUGAUGGCGGCGCAGCGGAGAGAGCUGGGCGCCGCGCUCUACAUCGGCUGGGGCACCGCGGGGCUGCUGCUGCUCGGAGGGGGGCUGCUCUGCUGGAACUGCCCACCCAGAGACCGCCAGGCCUACGGAGGGGCGCAGUACGCCCCCGCCCGCUCCAAAGCCUCUGGGGACUACGUGUGA